AUCACCAGGUAGCAGAGCGGGAGUUUUAUACCAAAGAUGUUUGGUCUCAGAAGCAUUUGUAAGGUUGGUACUCAGAGAGCCUGCGGCAUUUCUCUCGUUCAAACACGCUGCAAUCAAACCAGCGCUGUUCUCGAUAGAUUCAAGAACUCUACCAAUGGCACCGGUAACAAAUCCCAACCGUCGUUGAGAACACCACCUUCAAUCUCACAAGUGGCACGUAAGACCAAGAACGAUCUCAGUGCCAGUGAUGCCAGAGGCAGCCCAAAGGCUUAUGCACGUACGGUUGCCAUCAAGGGCCCAAUUGCCGGAAGAAUUGUGUCUGUGCCUCAAGGUAACAUCGAUUCAGCGUUCAGAAGCUUGAAGUACCUUGUGAACUCGAACAAUAUCAGAUUGGAUAAGAAUGCACAGAGAUUCUACAAGAAACCAAGUAAGGUGCUAGAGGAGAAGAGAAUGAGAAGAAAGAAGAAAUUGUUUGACCAAGGUAUUAGAAGAUUGGUUGACAUUGUGAAGGACGCAAAGAGAAGGGGAUAUUAGGCAUAGAACAAGCAAUCCUCCUUCUCUAUCAGAUCAUGUACAUAGCUCAAUACACCAAGGAAUGAAUUGCUCCGUAUUAAACUGGCG